AUGGAUGGCACGUUUUUUGCUGAUCUUGACGAAAAUGAAAUCAUUCAACUGCGUGAUAGUUUAGUAAAUAAGCUAAUUGAAUAUGCACUUAGCUGGGAAUCUGAUUUUCAAAAUUAUAACCAUGUUGUUAUACUUAAAAUUUGCGAAUGUCUUUCUCUUGUCAUUUUUGAAAUUACUCCUAAUAUAUGGGAGUAUCCUGUUAACGAAUUUAUCAGCAUCCUUAUACGGUCCUCCUACAACGGCAUUGAUAUCGGAUCAGAUUCACAUCCAGAUGUGGAAUAUCUUUUUCGCAAUGACCAUUUGUUAAAAAUUGCAAUGUAUUUUUUAACCACAUUUGCUGAAAAGUUUGGCACCCAGGAGCUUUCUUAUCACCGUAAAAAUGAGCUCAAGCAGUCACUAAUUCGGGGAUCCGAUAUUGUGUGCCGAGUCGUUCAAAGUCUUUUAAUGCACACAUCAGAAGAGCUUCGAGCAAGCGGCCUCAAAUUAUUCUCUCUUUGGGUGACGACUUUCGAUACUAACUGUCAAAAGGUGGUGUUAAGCAUGAAUAGCACUGUCGGCAACCUUAUGAUGCGUAUUUACGAGGUUAUGCAACUCUCUGACAAAAUAUACCACACCGGGGCUGACUGCCUUGCUCUUAUUUUUUCCAGGACCAAAGCAGCCGAUACUGACAGGUGA